AUGACGAGCUUGCUGGGUCUCGGCGCAUAUCAAAGCAGUAGCGAGGAUGAGGGUGAACCCAGACAUUCUUCACCAACGCCGAAUAUCGAGCACAAGGACCAGGGAACUGAAGCAUCAAAGACCACAGGUCGUAUAACUCAAACGGGAAACACCAACAACCAUAAUCUAACAGAUGAAGCUCGUCUCAAAGCACUUAGUGGGCCCAUUAUGGGACCGUUGCACAAUGAAGCGCCAACUUCUGCAGACAAACUUCCAAUUGAUGCGCAAUUGUCCCCUGCCUCAGCAGCACGCACAUUGAUUCAUGAUCUAACUCUACCUCCCGUGGCCAAUCUGGACAUUCCCCCGUCUCCUCCUGGCUCACCCGAGCCCAUGGCUAAUGCGAAGUUUACCCAUUUUCUGUCAUUGAAAAAGCAGGGUACACAUUUUAAUGAGAAGUUAGCAAAUUCAUCAUCACUCAGAAACCCCAGUCUCCUACGAAAAUUGAUGGAUCAUGCCGGGAUUGACGAGCAAGCGCAAUACAAUACUUCUUUGCCUGCUGAAUUGUGGAAUCCCUCUGGUUUACCGAGCUGGGGUUACAAGGAGGAACUAUUGAAGUCACAGAAGGAAAGUAACAACAAAUUCGAAGAAAGGAGGCGUACGGGACAGAGGGAAAACAUUGAUUUCGUGCCUUCCGUUACCAUGGACUCCAGCAUUACGUGA